CAAAAAUCAUACCAUAAAAUAAAGAGGACAAUUAAUAAUAAUAAAAAAAUAACAAGUAAUUGUCAAUUUCAUUUUAAAACAAGAAUAGACACUCAAGGAAAAGAGUGAAACUUUGGAAAUCACUGGGUAAAUCAUUUAUGAUAUUAGUAUUUCCAAAAUUGUAUUAGUAUUAUCAAAACAUGCAUCCAAGUAUUUUAGACCAAACAAAUUGUUUUUGUAACUGUCCUUUGAUACAAAUGCUGUUGUUCUCAAACUAAAUUGACCUGUUAUAAUUUAAAGGAACACUUCUAUGAUGGGGAAAGUGGCAGUGGUUACUUAGCGUGGAGGCUUAAAACCAUCCAGAGGAGUAGCACCUCAUCAGAGGGGAGAAGAUCAUCAACUCAGCUGACUGGGGGUGGACCAACAGACAGAAGAGAAGCUUCAUUCAACCCUGAAGUGACUCUAAGCGAAGAGCAAUGUAAGGAAGCCAUUUCCUUCAUGAAAUAUUCUUCUGACGAGGCCACUAUCAAGAACAAGAUGAAGAUGACAUUUGAUUAUCGUCGCAAGAUGGUCCUGGAUGAAGAAAGAUCAUCUGAUGUCUUGACUGAAUUUCCUCGCUUCAGAGAUGUCAAAGGCUUGAUCGACCAAGACUUCAUUCUGGAAUUUGGAGAAGAUACAGCUUCCAAGUUUUUGGAGAGGUGGCCAACUGUUUUCAAGCAAAAAGUCAUCCAGCUGAGCAAGACUCUCCCUACUUCAGCUGAGCUUGAAGAACUGAUCUACUGGGCUGAAGGCGCAUCAGAUGAGGAGGAUUUGGAGCAGACCCUUAACUCUGGCUGGGACAGUGAUCUUGCUUCCAUCAUUCUCCUGCUCCACCUGAUUCCUCCUGCCUGUCAAGGUCGCAAAAGACCUGGCAAGGUUUCUGCAUCCCAAGCUGAGAAGCACCUUGUGGUCUUCAAAAAGAGUGGAACAAGCAUUCAGGAACAUGUCGAUGCCAUCAGCUCCUCUACGCAACCUUAUCUACUUGCUGUUGGGACAAAGAGGAGCACCAUCCACAGCUUUUUCAUUGUUCUGGACAAGCAGGUCAUACCAUGCAA